AGUUUUGAUAGACUAACACGUGGUAUACAUGGUUAUAUAGAAAAAGUAAGAGAAUUAAUUUUUUAUUUUCAAUUGAGAGAGAGAAUGUUCGUUCUUCAAAAUGCCACCAAUUAAACGUAUUAAUCUAGGCAACUAAACAGGAUAACGUCUGUCAGGUCAUCUAGUGUUAUCAUAAAUCUAACAAGUGCCGUUCUCAGUGAGAUUCUUAUGCACUGAAACUGUAAAAAGAUUGUCAUUGCAUUUUUUCAUAAUGGCCGGCAAUACGAAGGUCGAAUAUGGCUUUGAAUUAUUACAAAAAACUGUUGACAAUGAUAUUCGUAAAAAAGAAGAUGCUAUUAUAUUAUUGGUGCAUUGGUAUCUCGUAAAGUGUGGCUUUAAAUGUCUAGGAUAUGGAAUUUCUAGAAUAUUUGAUCCAUCUGAGAGAGGCUCAGAAUUACUUCCAGAGGAAUGGAACAAAGGUCCUAAUUAUAGGCUACGUUAUUUAAAAGAUGGAAAAUUGUUUCUUUUAUAUGGAAUACAAUCCGAUGAAGAUGUGGUUAUGAAUUUAUUGAGAACAGAAGAUGAAAAAAUAACAAACGUAGAGUUUCCUUUAUUACAAACCGUUAAAGAACUUCAUGGUCCAUUAGAAGUUAUGAUACCAUCGUAUCCAACAGUUUUAUAUAAAUUAUAUGGAGAACUUAUAGGACCUUUAAAUCCUAAUAAUUGUAAAGAUCAAUCUACACAAACAUCAACUUCUAGUUUUGAACGAGAGCCUAGAGAGACUUAUGUACAACCAGAAUUCAAUCCACUUCCAAGGAAUCCUUCGCGACAUUGGGUACCUGAAGCAGAUCCAAGAAGAGUAGGUGGAGCAGAUUUAGAUCCGUUUGGAAGAGGUAGGGGUGGUGGUGGAGGAAUGCUUUUCGAACCAUUCAGAUGGGGUAUGGAUCCAAGAGGAAUUGGUGGUUUAGGAGUACCUGGAAGAUUACCGCACGGAGCAGUACCACCUGGAGCAAGGUUUGAUCCUUUUGGACCUCCUGAUGUAAAUCCAAUGCCACGUAGAAUACAAAAUCCUGACAAUGAUGAAUUUCCUCCACCAGGAUACAAUGAUAUGUUCAUGUAAAAAAGGAAAGCUGAAUAAAAAGAAUAUGUUCCAUA